AUGGAAAAUAUUGAUUCUCCACUUCGAAACGCUCGACUUUGUCCGACACUCAAACUAGGCGACCAGGCCAUCACUGUGACGGACGUCAAGCGGCUGGAUCAGAAUCGAUCAGUUUACCGACUGGAAAUUGAACCAGUCAACAGCCUUCCAUCAACUGUUAUUAUUAAACAACAAAAAGAAGGAUGGUCUGACGAGUUCGAGAAUGAAGAAGCUUCUUAUAUGAGGUUAAAAGACCUUCAAGGGGACAAGAUUCCUCAAUUUUUCGGCCAGGGUUAUUUCGAUGGCAUCCGGGCGCUGGUAUUCUCGGAGGUUAUCGGCACCACUCUGCUCGAUCUUGCUCGUAGUAAGAAGCCUGUCGACGAGAAAAAGAUGAAGGAUAAACUCACAGCGGUGUUCCAAUCUUUAUCCGCCCGCGGAGCUAUAUAUUGGGAUCAAAAGCUGGAUAAUUUCAUGUAUUGCGACAAUGGAGUACCUGACGCAAGUAAAGUGACGGUUGUCGAUUUUGAGCAAGUCGAGUUUCCUACUUCAUUUCCCCCUGGAAACUAG